UUACUGAAAUCAAAACUAGGGCACCAAAAAUUGAGCAUCUUAAUAGGACACGAAUUCUGUCAUCGUCAUCUUUGAUCUCUUUCGAUCUGUUCUUGUAAGAAUCAAUGGCGAUUUCAACAAACUCUCCGGAGAAAACAACCACAGAGCAACCAAAUCCCACCCAACAACACGCUCCUGAUAAUCCGAAUCCACCAAAUUCGGAUCUAUCAAAUUCGUCGGCUGCACCACCUUCUGCAACUCCCGCCACAACCACCAACGCCCCAGUAGUAACAGUAAACCUUAACCAUACCCUUAAUAGUUCACAACCAACACCAUCGCAUCCGACAGACAUAGCGCCGCCGCCGCAGAUCCAAUCCUUUGUGCCUCCUUCGCACGUCUCUACUCUCCAUCCGUCUUACAGGCCAGCAGCGCUGCCGUUGCCUCUUCCAACUACCCCUCAGUUUUCUCCAAUACCGAACCCUAAUUUCCAGAACUACGGGGUUCAAGGUCAAGGCCAGGUCCAAGUCCAGGUUCAGCCGCCAGGUGUGAUGAUGCAGGUGCCCUCGCAGGCAAGCGGCGCGAUGUCUUCGAUUCCGCAAAUGAUGCCGCCACAGUAUGGACAGCCUGGCCAGCAACCAAUGAGGAUGUAUGCGCCGAUGCCUAAUGGUUAUCAAAUGGCUGUUCCUCAAGGCACAAUGAAUCCUCCAGUGUGUCUAUUGAUUGAUGUCAUGGUGAGAAAGGUUGGACGGCUCUCAUCCAUAUCGCAGUUCCUUAGAGACCAUUACUCCCACAACUUUUUUGGGAUUCUCCGUUAUGCAUCUCCAUAUCCACAAAUGCUGCGACCGGCAUAUCCUCAAAGGCCACUUGGAGCAGUGGGAGUCAUUCCAUCAUUAGCACGCCCACCAAUGAUGGCUUUGCGGGGUCCAGUGGUCCCUACAAUCAUUAGGCCACCCAUCAAUACAAUAACUCCAGCUGAAAAGCCAAUGACCACAGUUUAUGUUGGCAAGAUAGCAUCAUCGGUGGACAAUGAGUUCAUGCUCUCCCUUUUGCAGCUCUGUGGGCCUGUUAAAAGUUGGAAACGUGUACCAGAUCCCACUACUGGGGCUUUGAAGGGCUUUGGUUUUUGUGAAUUUGGAAAUGUUGAAGGAGUUCUUCGUGCUUUAAGGCUUCUGAGUAAAUUAAGUAUUGAUGGUCAGGAGCUCAUGUUGAAUUUUGAUAAUGCAACUAAAGAGUAUCUCAAGAGUUAUGUUGAGAAGAAAAAAGAGAACUUGAAGAAUACUGAAGGUGGUGGUAAAGAGGAAGGAAAUGCAUCAGGAUUUGAGAAAAAGGACCCUCCAAAGGAUGAAUCUAAAAAGGAAGAUGAUAAGAAUGAAGGAAAGAAAGAAACUGAGGAGUAUGCGACUUUUGGCCUUGUGAGUAAUGAAGAUAAGGAAGCAGACAGAGAAGCUAGUGAAAAGCUUACAGGAAUGAUAGAAGAGAGGAUAAAGAAUAAACCUUUACCACCACCACCUCCACCCCCACAAGCUGCUCCUGAUGUUGUUCCAAAUUCAACCCCUGAACAUUCAGAUGUGGAUACAACAAGAAACGCAGAAGAUAGAAACGAUGAAGAAAUGAGGAGCAAAAGCAAUGAGAGACCUGAAACAAGUUCACCUGACAGAAGCAGUAGAAGAAGCAGAGAACGUGAGAGAGACCUGAAACGUGAAAAGGAAAGGGAAUUGGAAAGAUAUGAAAGGGAAAGAGAGCAAGAUAGGGCUAAAAGAGAGAGGGAAAGGGAAUACAAAAUACGUGAAGAUGAACGCAGAUACAGAGCACGUUUGAAAGAGUGGGAAAACAGGGAAAAGGAGAAAGAAAGGACACGCAAACAGGAGAGAGAAAGGGAAAAAGAUAGGGAACAAGAUAGGAAAUAUGAGAUUUUGGAUCAAGAAAACGAUGAUGGGUAUAACAAAAAGAGGAAAUAUAGAAGUAGUGGAGAGGAUAGAGAAGAAAGAAAAAGGAGGUUAAGGGAGAAGGAAGAAGACAUGGAUGAUAGAAUUAAAGAGGAGGAAGAGAUUGCUGAGGCUAAAAGGAAAGCCGAAGAGGAAAGGGAACUGCAGAAAGAACAACAAAAACAUGCUUUAGAGCUUUUAUCUCAUAACACCAAUAAUGGGACUGAAAAUGCUAUGUUGAUUGAUGGAAGCUUGUUGGGAAUCAGAAGUAAGACUACUGUUGUUGACCAGGCUAAUGCUGCUGACAUGCCACAUGGAAACGAGAUUGGUAACAGGAUUACACAGAAUGGGGAUGGUGAGGAUUCAGAAACAAGGCAAAGCAACAGCAACAGCAACAGUGUCCAGACGAAAAAACUAGGGUUUGGUCUUGUGGGGUCAGGAAAAAGGACAGCUGUCCCAUCACUCUUCCAUGAAGAGGAAGAUGAGGAUGCAGAAAAGGACAAAAAGAUGCGGCCUUUGGUUCCUAUUGAUUACUCAACAGAGGAACUGCAGGCUGUGAGAGACACUACGCCUCUUGCACCUUCUCCUAAUUUAGCUGCAGCAGCUGAAUUUGCAAAACGGAUUGGAAACACCAAUUCCAAAGAUGAGAGACCUGAUUCCGAAAGGGAACGGAGCAGACGAUCCCAUCAUCAUAGGGAUCGGAAUCAUGAGGAGAAAGCAAAGACACCGGAUAAUAAGAAGCUUCUGGAUGCUAAACAGUUGAUUGAUACAAUUCCAAAAACCAAGGAUGAAUUGUUCUCAUAUCCGAUUAAUUGGGGAACUUAUGAUAAGAAUGGAGUGCAUGAAAGGAUGAGGCCAUGGAUUUCAAAGAAGAUAACAGAGUUUCUGGGGGAAGAGGAAACGACACUGGUGGAUUACAUUGUGUCAAGCACUCAAGAACAUGUGACAGCUAAUGAAAUGUUGGAUCGGCUUCAGUCAAUCUUGGAUGAUGAAGCUGAAAUGUUUGUUCUAAAGAUGUGGAGGAUGCUCAUUUUUGAGAUCAAGAAACUCGACACUGGCAUUUCUCUCUCUCUUCCUGGAAGAUCCAAGGCUUCCUCUUGAAUCUUCCAUCUUCUUCACUUCUCAAUCUCAAUGUGGUACUUCCUUCCAUUCACUCUUGUUAUAGCCUUAGUACAUUUCUUUCUAUAACAUUUCUUUUUUCUUUUCUUUAAUCAUACACCAUGUAUGUGUCUUUUGAAUAAUUCUAUUCUAAAUUCUUCCUACUAUGUCUUCAUGCUCUACGAUAAAUUACUUGUUUAUCUUAACAUAUAAAGGAUGCCAAACAUUUCAUACACAAGACAAAAUUUUGAAAUUUUAUUUUUUGUCCCAUGGAUUCAGUCUUGUUAUGUUAUGUGAAAUAAUGUCAUAUCAUAAAUAAAUAAUUUCAGUUAAAAAGGAAACGAAACAGGAAAGUAGCCCAAAGUGUAUUCGUAUUCCUUAUUUUAAUGCACAAUACAACUUUAGAGUUCAAAGGUGUUUUGUAAGUUUUUGUAUUAAUUAUUUGGUUAAAUGUAAAAAAUAAAUAGAUUAGGUAGUAUGUAUUAUUUGUUAACAAUCUUCUAGUGUAAAUAUGUAAUAAACCACCCC